CCCACCCCAACUCCACCCCCCACACCACCUCCCACUACAAGUACCCUCCAUUUUCUCUCUCACUACCUAAACUCCCAAAACCCAAAUACACCCUUUUCUCUCUCAAAAAAAAAGGAAAAAAAACAGAGCUUCAAAUUUAGUACUGAAGAGAAGUCUUUCAAACUGGCUAUUUUUGAAAAUCAAGAUUCUACAGUUCUUGAAAUCAAACAAAAGAAGAGAAGAAUUAUGGGUGAUGGAGGACCUGAUGAAGAAGAAAAUAAUUGGCCAGCAUGGUUAAAGGCAUUGCUUAAAGAAAGAUUUUUUGUUCAAUGCAAAUUACAUAUUGAUUCUCAUAAGAGUGAAUGCAAUAUGUAUUGCCUUGAUUGUAUUAAUGGCCCUCUUUGUUCUCUCUGUUUAUCCCAUCACAAACACCAUAUUGCCAUUCAGAUAAGGAGGUCAUCAUACCAUGAUGUGAUAAGGGUGAAUGAGAUUCAAAAGUAUUUGGACAUUUCUUUAGUCCAAACAUACAUUAUCAACAGUGCUAAAGUUGUCUUUUUGAAUGAAAGGCCACAACCUAGGCCAGGCAAAGGUGUCACAAAUACAUGUCAAGUUUGUGAAAGGAGCCUUCUUGAUUCCUUCAAAUUCUGCUCUCUUGGUUGUAAGGUUAUUGGAACCUCAAAGGACUUUGUAAAGAAGCCGAGUCGGUUGAAGGCGGUAGCAUCGGACUCCGAUGACUCUUACAGCAGCAACAACCACGGUCGAUACGCCAUCAACAAGGUCCAAAGUUUUAUUCCGUCGACGCCCCCUCCAACUUCUAUUAAUUACAAAACGGCCAAGCGAAGAAAAGGAAUUCCACAUAGAGCCCCAAUGGGAGGACUACUCAGAGAAUAUUAAGUCUUAAAUUAAUAUACACAAAAUGAAAUAUAAAACUUUAGUUCUUACAAUUACUAAAAAAAAUACUAGUGCCUUUCUCCCCCCAAAAGGCCAGUGUUUGAUAGCUUUUGUCUAUAAAGAGCAAUAAUGUAAAUGAAAAGUUAGAGGGUGAAAAUUGAAAACAAGAAAAAAAAUGAAAGGACUAAAUGGGUUAAGUUAGAAGUUGGGAUUAGAUAAUGAUUUAUAUUUUUAUGUAUUCAUGAUGAUAAUAUAAUACUUUGUUUGUUUGUUUGA